AUGACAACUCCUUCUGCAUUCUUCGACAAACUGAUGGCGGUCAAGCCAGAAGACGACUUGAAGCCUGGCCAAAUCCUCGUCGCAGUGCUCCAAUGUGACAUCACCCCGACGCAGCCUUUUGAGCAACAAGAUGCCUUAUGGAUCAGAUGCCGUCAAGAUACUGAAAUCGCCAGGGUGUUGGACGCAUACAAGAAGCAGUGCCCCGAUGCCGGAGAGGUUGUGCUGAGACACGACUUUCGAGUCCUCGAUGAAAAGACCGCCGUCAGGGCACUGGCAGACCGACCUCCCUACAAUUUCGUUGCUUUAGAAACCAUUCGAGUACAAGACCUCCACAAGCGUAUGGGAGCAACGCCGGUACGCACCCCGUUAAGCGACGUCACCAACGUCGUCAAAAAAACAAUCAGCCAGGGUACAGCAACCUCCAAAGCUAUCGAAACACCUUCAGGCCAGCGGUCAAUACCGCCUAAGCCUCAGGUUACACUUGCAAGCACACCACCGGUAUCUGCCCACGUCGCAAGUCAUUUGCCGCAGCCAGCUGGAGCAGACCAUUCGCUCGCUAGCUCAGAACAACUUGGAUGGGAAGAUUUCUUCUUCGAGCGCCAUGAAUGUUACAAUCCAGCGACUGGCCACCAUUCUCGGCGUCCAGAUUCCGAGUACUAUGCUCUUGACAAAUCAAUCCACGAGGAAUGGCUGGCCCUGACAAGCGGGCAGAAGUCAUAUUUCAAUGAAAGGGGCGUCAGGAUAGCAAGCAUCUCGAACAGUGCCGAUCCCAUUGAACGGCGGAUCGGACACUGGGCAUUCUGGUGCUUCUACUAUGACAACUACAUCAAGACUCAUCACGGCCCAUUUGACCCUCACCAUGAUUUCGAUACGCGUUGGCAACAUAUUGAGAGAUGGCGGGUUGAAUGGACAAAAUUGAGCAGCCAUGGCAGACGCGUCUGGAUGGAUAAAGUGCGCUCACACACUGUCGCUGCGGUGGAGAGAGGCAUCCUUGACAGGCCUGAAUCACUCGUCAGCUCUGCUCGAUCAAGCCCGCUCUCGGAUACGGAUACGGACAGCCUCAAACUUGGAGCAUCACCAGAUCCAAAACCUGGCAACAAUGCAAUUCACCAAUUUGACGGACCGACGGAGGAGACGGAUUUUCACAUUCCACUUGAAGAUGCUCCUAAUUCGCAAGGCCCUGCUCCGACCCGCCUAAGUAUGGCGGAACUGUUCGACAACCGUACACCUGAGCAGCUAGAAAAAAGCGUCGAGAAAGGUGUAGAGCUGCUGAGCGGCAUUCAACGAACUCUGAAAGCACAACCUAGUCAAGAUGCAGACCAAUGGCUUCAAGCACUUGAAAAUGUGCAGAAGCAAGCAGUCAGGUCCAAAACCGUGGUCGGCGUCGUUGGCGCCACAGGCGCAGGGAAGAGCUCGGUGAUCAACGCCAUGCUUGACGAGGAACGCCUUGUCCCUACCAAUUGUAUGAGGGCUUGUACGGCCGUUGUGACCGAAAUCAGCUACAACUACGAAGAAGGCGCGGCGUACCGGGCGGAGGUGGAGUUCAUCUCUCGCGAAAACUGGCACCAGCAACUGAAGAUCCUCUUCCAAGACCUGCUUGAUGGGAGUGGCCAGGUAUCCCGCGAGUGCAACAACGAAGAUCACGAAAGUGGCGUGGCUUAUGCCCAGGUGAAGGCCGUCUACCCCACAUUGACCAAGGAAGAAAUGGAGCAUGUCCCCAUCGAAAGACUCUUGCAACACGAGAACGUGGCCUGUCUAGGCACCACGCGCAAUUUAGAAUCGGAUGAUUCUCUAACCUUCUACAAGAAACUCCAGCACUACGUCGACAGCAAGGAGAAGAGUAGUGCCACGAAGGAGAAACCGGACUUCCGGGAAAAGAAGAAGAAGCCCCGUGAGAUGGAAUUCUGGCCUUUGAUCCGAGUCGUUCGACUUUAUGUCAAAGCUCCUGCUCUAGCCACGGGUGCCGUCAUUGUCGAUCUUCCGGGUGUCCACGAUAGCAACCAGGCUCGAGCCGCUGUUGCUCAAGGUUACAUGAAACAAUGCACCGGGCUGUGGAUUGUUGCGCCAAUUACCCGAGCUGUGGAUGACAAAUCAGCAAAGAACUUACUGGGAGAAUCUUUCAAGCGUCAAUUGAAGAUGGAUGGUGGCUACAGCUCCGUUACAUUCAUCUGCAGCAAGACAGAUGACAUUUCCAUCACUGAAGCUCAGGACUCCUUGGGCCUUGAAGAGGAGUUUGAUCCCGUGUGGGCCAAAUCGGAAGCGCUACGGAAGAAGGAGGUUGCUCUGAAGAAGCAGAUCAAUGAGCUCAAGGACACAAGAUCUGACAUCAGUGCUGCCAUAGACUUCGCUGAAGAAGGGCUUGAAGUAUGGGAGAAGCUUCAAGAAGAGUGCAAUGAGGGUAAACCCGUCUUCAAACCACAGCCAAAAUCGCAGAAGCGAAAGCGGACGGAAAAGAACAGCCCGGCGAGGAAGAAGUCCAAGUACGUGGAGCCCGACACCGACGACGACUUCAUCGACGAUGACGGUGAUUCCGACAGCGACGCUGGAUCCAAUCAUGCUUCCUCGGAUGCCACCGAAGAUCGAGGAGAGCCACUUAGAGAAGAUGAUAUCCAGCGGAAGAUUGCGGAGCUGCGAGGAGCCAAGAAGGAAAGACGGCGGGAGAGACUCAAACUGGAUGAUCAACUCAAGGGGCUACGCCAACAAAUGGACAAGAUCAACCAGGAACGCGACGGCAUUGACGCCGAGCUCUCAGCCCGGUGUAUCUCCGGACGCAAUGAGUACUCACGAGCUGCGAUUCGACAAGACUAUGCAGCGGGUAUCCGUGAGCUCGAUCAAGAGCUAGCUGAAGAGGAGGACGCCGCAAACUUCAACCCGGAUGUGGACGCUCGCGACUACGGUGAGGUUGCUCGCAAUCUGCCCGUCUUCUGUGUGUCUUCUCGAGCAUAUCAGAAGCUAAAAGGCAGGCUUCCGAAGGACAAGACGCCACCCGGUUUCAAGCAUGUUGAUGAGACCGAAAUUCCUGCUCUUCAAGAUCACUGCAUUCAAUUGACCACAGCUGGGCGCCAAGCAUUUUGUCGCAAAUUUCUUAACAGCAUGUAUCAACUGCUCAAUUCUCUCCGUCUCUGGGCAUCCAAUGACGGCACUAGCAAGAACCUUUCGGAAGGCCAACUUAAGCGGGAAGCGCAAAUUCUGAAAGAAAAGCUGAGCAAACUCGAUUGUGCAUUCGAAAAAGCAGUCACGGCCAUCAGCAGUGGACUGGGGGAAGAGCUACAAGACAAAGUCUACGGUAUUUACCCAACUGCUACACAGGCCGCAAAGGCACAGGCAAACGACACUGUUCGCAAAUGGGGGAUGCCUGUCAAUAGGGACAAUCGUGCGGCGGGAGGUCUCUAUUGGGCAACGUACAAGGCUGUGGUCCGGCGCGACGGAUGCUUUACGAACGCUCACGGCAAUAAUAAUUUCAAUGAGCAGCUAGUCGAACCAGUCCUACGCCAUCUUGCUGGACCCUGGGAGUCACUAUUUGCUCGCCGAAUGCCUGGCAUCCUGAAUGGACUCCCUAUGACCGUGGGUCAGCUUAUCACAAAGUUCCACAACGAGGUCGAGGGUCGCGCGGUGCGCAAUGGCGUCUCCAUUGCUUCCUUCCACAUGUUGAAGCAACAGAUACCUGUGUACAAAGAGAUGUUGAAAGAUGCCAUGACGGAGAUGCGUGGUCGUCUCAGUGAGAAGCAGCGCGAAAUCAACCGGGAAUUUGAACCACAAAUCAAGGCCCAUAUGAUGGACACGUACGAAUGGUGCACCAGAGAGUCCGGACCAGGUCAGUACAAGAGAAUGAGGGACCAUAUGGAGCGACAUGUGGAAGAAGAGAAGUUCUCCAUGUUCAACGACGCGGUGGAGCAUGUUCGUGGACUCCUCGAGGAACUGUUGGAUGAUACCAAAGAAGAAAUGCUCAAGAGAAUCGAUGCGGUCUUCAUGGCUAUUGAGAGAGACUACACCGCAGUCGUCGUCGGUCAAGAGAAGAGUGCGAAUUCUGAUGAUGUACUGCCAAGAGGACAGCGAGCCAUGCGAAAAGCGGUACUUGAGAUCAUUGACGGUGCUGAAUUGAUCUUCAAGCGUGCUGUUGGUCUGGAACUUGAAGCUUCCGAUCCCGAGGCUGCCGGUGGGCACGACAUCAAGACAGAAGAAGAUUCCCUUGACACACUGCAUAAGUCUAACAAGGGAGGUGGAAGUCCCGCCUCGAUGCCCGAGGUUUCGAUUGUGGUCAAGACCGAAGCGAGUGCUUCAAUCGAAGAUAUUCCCGAAGAGGCUGCAAAAGUGGAUAGUGCUGAAUCUUCGCAACAUCCCGAGAACCAGUCCGAGGUGGUUCAGCAGCAAUUCCGGCACAAUCUAAGGAGCACGGUGCCGCUCAAGCCGACUUUAUGA